AUGAGUACGCUUGGUGACGAAGAAGUUAGACAUUUCACUCCAGACUUGGAGAAACAAAUCAAUCGAAUCCAUACGUCUGAAGAUGGUACUAUUGUCCACAUGGGACCAUAUUCCUUCCACAAGGAUGAGUUGGUCAACGCUUUUGGUGGGAAUUUGAACCCAGGGAUUGCUCCAAUGCCUCCUAUAAGGGGUCUCAACUCCGUACCAAUGGGACUUGCCUCUUUUGCUUUUUGUUCUUUCGUUGUUUCAUUAUUCCAUGUGCAAGCAAGAGAUGCCUCCAAUCAAUCGAUAUUGAUUGGCUCAUGCUUUUUCUACGGCGGGGUUAUCGAAGUGAUUUCUGGCUUAAUGGCGUUGAUUGUUGACAACACCUUUGCCGGAACUGCUUUAGGAUGCUUUGGUGGGUUUUGGCUAAGUUACGGAGCUAUCUUAUGUAACGCUUUUGGAAUAGUUUCUUCAUAUACCACUGAGGAGGAAUAUCAUAGUGCUUUGGGAUUCUUCUUGACUGGCUGGUUCAUGUUUUCCUUUGUCAUUUGGCUUUGCACUUUUAAGUCUACAUGGCCGUUCUUUAGCUUGUUUUUUUUAAUCUGGGUGUGGAUUUUGGUGCUUGCAAUUGGUACUUUUCAAAAUAAUGCCAAUAUAAUUAAGGCUGGUGGUGUUCUUGGAUUAUUGGCUUCAUUUAAUGGGUUAUACUUGAUGUGGGCAGGGAUGGCCACACAUGAAAAUUCCUACUUCACAGCUAUUCCUUUGAGUCUUCCUUAUGCUCCAAAAGUUGAAUGA